CCGGUUUUACGUGUGGAAUUAUUCCAGACUGUGGGAUUGUUCUCAUAGGGAAAAGUAUGUCCAGCUAGUAAGAAGCGAAAUCUCAAAGGACCAAAAUGAAAAGGUAUCCAUACGUUCCCAGCAUGGUGCAAGCUAUCACUGUCCUCACGGUACUGAAGAUGAUGACUAAAGCCCAAACAUCUUGUGGCUCUGGAUCAAUGAAUGGAAAGGUUAUGUACGAAAGACUACCCAAUAUCCAACUGCAAGGCUUCGACGACGACAUCGUGCGAGAAUCAAUGCCACCCUUCAUGGUGCUGGAGAAAUGCCAAGAUCUCUGUCUACGCGACAGGUCUACGAACAACAUAGUCAGGGCUUGCUCCUCGUUUGACUUUCAACCGGGAAGUCGGAUAGCCACUUUCAAUGGAGGGCCGGAAUACGAAGAGAGCACCUGCUACCUAACUGCCGAACAAGCUAGACCUGAAGGGAUUGGAAGUCUCAUGCUCGUUCCGAAUAGCGUUCAUUUUACAGAAGUUUGCAUCACAUCAAAUCGACCCGAAAGGGAAUGUCCGAACAGAAGAUACAUAUUCGAAAGGCAUCCAAGGAAAAAAUUGAAGCUACCGACACCAGACAUCAAAGAAAUGACAGCUUCGAAUAGAAGUGAGUGUGAAGACAAAUGCCUGAACGAAUUCAGCUUCGUUUGUCGAUCCGCCACAUACGAUGCCGCCAUGAGAACUUGCACACUCAGUAGAUUUACGAGGAGGACCCAUCCGGAAUUGCUGGUCGACGAUCCUGAAUCUGACUAUCUAGAAAACACCUGCUUAAAUGCUGAUAGAAGAUGCGACGGUCUAGCCGUUUUCAUCAAGGAAGAAAACAAAAGACUAGGAGGACCAUUCGAGGUGGACAUGUUCACAAAUCUGACUCUAGAAGACUGCCAAGCUAUGUGCGUUCGCGCAGAGAAAUACUUUUGCAGGUCCAUCGAAUACGACGAAAUGACGAAACAGUGUACUCUAUCCGAAGAAGAUUCUGUGUCACAAAAAGACGACAUAGGAGUCGCAAGCAGUCCGACACAUCAUUUCUAUGACUUCGCUUGCCUAGACAGUCUACCUUCUCUUUCAGCUCGUGGAUCCGAGUAUCCCGAUAAUUCCGUAACGUCCCAUUUAUUUACUGGUAAGAAACCCGACACCGCUUUUCAAAGGUACAGGAAUAGUCGUCUUGGAGGCGAGCACCAUUCCGAGAUCUCAGGAAGAUCUCUCAGCGAGUGUCUGGAUGAAUGUUUGAGGCAACCCAGCUUCCAAUGUCGAUCUGCAGAAUACAGCGAACGAUACCGGACCUGCCGAUUAACGAGAUACAAUCAACGCGAUGGCAUGAGGAUUAUAUACGACGCGGACUACGACUAUUACGAAAAUUUAAUGCUUGGAGGCGAGGGUGAAGGUCCUGGACAACGGCCGAGUGAAGGAGGCGUAUACCCCCCUGGAGAUCGUUUUAGACCAGGAAGUGGAGGAAGCCGAUAUCCACCAGGAAGUGGCGGCAUUACUGGCGAGAGGUAUCCACCGAAGAAUCCACCGUACUAUCCCCCUAGCAGUGGAGGUUACGACAGUGGAGGGAGACCACCUUCUGAUCGAUAUCCAGAAUAUGACGAUAAAUAUCCCGACGACAGAUACCCCAGCAGACCUUCAGAUAGGUAUCCCGACAGAGGAAGUAGCAGAUAUCCUGACAGAGGAAGCAGCAGAUAUCCUGACAGAGGAAGCAGUAGAUAUCCUGACAGUGGAAGCAGCACUUAUCCUGACAUCGGAAGCAACAGAUAUCCUGAUAGCGGAAGCAAUAGAUAUCCUGAUAGCGGAAGCAGCAGAUAUCCUGAUAGCGGAAGCAGCAGAUAUCCUGAUAGCGGAAGCAGCAGAUAUCCUGACAGAGGAAGCAGCCGAUAUCCUAUUGGCCCUGAAUAUCCUGGCAGCAGAUACCCCAGUAGAUAUCCUGAUGACCGAUACCCUUCUUAUCCUCCGUCAUCGAGUGGAGGUUAUGGGAGUAGGUACGGUGACAGAUAUGGAAGCAGAUAUGGAGAUACAUACGAGGACAGAUAUGGUGAUAGAUACGACGACCGUUAUGGUGGUAGAUAUGGUGAAAGAGACAGAGACAGAUAUAAUACGGACAGAUAUGCUGACAGAUAUGGGGGAUCAAGAUAUGGCGGAAAUGGGGGACGAUAUGGCGAAAACGAUGACUUCGGCAGUCGUUACGGAGGAACAGGCGUUAACAGAUAUGGUAGUCGAUAUGGCAGUCGAUACGGUGACAGAUACGGUGGAAGAUACGACGACAGAUAUGGUGGAAAAUACGACGACAGAUAUGGUGGAAAAUACGACGAUAGAAAUGGUGGAAAAUACGGAGAUAGGUACGGAGAUAGAUACGGAAAUCGAUAUAACAGCAACCGUUUUGACUACUAUGGUGAUGAUCGCGACGGCGGAAGCCGUUGGUUUUUAAGACCUGAUAGAAGGCCUAGUGGACGUCCUGUAGAUAACAGACCCCCUUAUGAGCGACCCACUGGAGUAAGAAGGCCGAUAUCACCAGGACCCGACGGACCUAUAUAUGAUAGCUUUGGUGGGAUAGGACCGAAUAGACCAUUCAGUUCGAGAUGUGAAGAAGAUGACAAUUUUAAACAUGCCGGAGCUCGUCUACGAGCGCGGAAAGAGUUUAUUAAGCGAGUCAUUUACGCGCCAUCAUUAAGAGAUUGUGAGAAAGAAUGCGUGGAAGAAACCGACUUCAUUUGCAGAUCAUUUAACUACAAGGAUUCGCCACCAGGCUACGAUAGCGACCGCGAAAAUUGCGAAUUGAGUGACAGAGAUUCAAGGGACAUGGAAAUAAAUAAUCCACAGUAUUUCGACAACGCGGGCAACUAUGAUUUCUAUGAGCGCUCCCUUGGUCGACAGGGUAUUGACGGAGACUGUUUAGACGUAUCUCAAGUUUGUAAUGAAGAUGGCAUGGAAUUUACCUUGAGGACACCAGAAGGCUUCUAUGGAAGGAUAUACACCUACGGUUUUUACGACAGAUGUUUCUUCCGUGGCAAUGGAGGAACUGCGAACGUGUUGCGUAUUAGUGGGCCACAAGGAUAUCCAGAAUGCGGUACGCAACGAUACGGCGAUACCAUGACCAACAUCGUAGUGGUACAAUUCACUGAUUUUGUACAAACAGUUCAAGACAAACGAUUCAACCUAACAUGUUUGUUCAGGGGACCAGGGGAAGCAAUUGUAUCCUCAGGCUUCAUUGGAGCUGGUUUAUCGGCUAGUUCCGGAAGUCCCAUACCGAUAGAAUAUCUGCCUGCUGAAAAUACGCUAAGCUCGAAGGUACGGCUGAUGAUUUUAUACCAUGGAAGACCAACUACCACCAUCGCUGUAGGAGAUCCGCUAACGUUCAGGUUGGAAGCUCAAGAAGGAUAUAAUUACGUCAGCGAUAUAUUCGCUACAAACGUGAUAGCAAGAGAUCCAUAUUCGGGCAGAUCGGUGCAGCUCAUUGAUAGAUUUGGAUGUCCUGUAGACAGCUACGUAUUUCCGGAACUGGACAAAGGAAGAAACGGGGACAGUUUAGAAGCUAGGUUCAAUGCCUUUAAGAUCCCGGAAUCCAACUUCCUCGUAUUCGAGGCCACAGUGCGAAGUUGCAGAGAGGGUUGCCAGCCAGCCUAUUGCCCAUCUGGCUCCGGGAGAUCAGAACCAUCAUUUGGAAGGCGCAAACGUGAUGUUAACUCGACGUUAGCAUUAGACGUGAACAAUACUAUAAUGGAUUCUUCUGACGAACAAACAAAUGAUUUAAGCGAACCACAAGACGAAUCAACCGAAACAAACGUCUCAUUCCCAAAGAGCAAAAAAAUCUCUACCACCAUCAAAAUCAAAAACAGGGAAGAAGAAUCGGGAGAUAAAGUAUCUGCUGAAAGUUCAAGCGGGGAGAACUCUGAAGAAAAAGAACCUCCAGAGUAUGUAAGGGAAAUGAUUGAGGUAUUCGAUUCUAGAGAAGAGCUCCAACAGGAAGCGAGACGGGCAGAACUUUUGCCGGACACGGUUUGUUUAACUCCUGGGGCAUAUCAUGGCUUAGUCAGUGCCGUGAUGAUCUUGAUCGCCGUCUUAUUGACCUGUUCAUUAUUAGCUGGUCUAGCGUAUCGUAAAUAUUGGUUGGUGAUGCGAAAAAAUCUCUUGGCAGAUCGUGCGUCAUCCAACUUAUCUUCCUCAUAUCCCAACACACGAAGCAGCGGACUAUCGAGCAUUUCCAUCUUUGGCGCGGGACUUCAAAAGCAAUUCGCUGGAUUUGGGAGGGGAGGAAACUUUCCCGGCUUCCCUAAGGAUGAUAUGGAAUGUCCUGUAUCCGCACCCGGAGGGCCGUUCGAGGAUCCCAGUGAACCCAUCUAUACGGAUCCAUCGCUGUUUGAAAGAUCGAGGAGUUUGAGGAGUAUAGCUGUGUCACCAAAGAGAAGGAAGUCACCCGGUCCAGACAAUUAAAUAAUUUGACAUGUAGGAACAGAUGUUCGGUAUUCUCAACCAUGCUUUGUUAUUAUGUUAAUGGAUUUUUAAGUCUACUGUGCCAUUUUAUUUAUUUUGGCCUCAAAAAUUGCAGCACGUUCUAAUUCGGGGCGUAGUUCUGUUUAACACUGGCACGGGACCUAGAUUUAACUUUUUUUAUCUUCAUUUGUUAAUAAAAAUUCAAACAAUCAAGAGUGGUGAAUACUGAAUACCUUGUAUUGAAAUUUGUAGAUUGUAUUAAACUAGAAAACAUAACUUAUACUAUUUAACUAGUUUUCCUUAAAAAAGAAUUUAGGAUUAAGCUCUAUCAAUCUCUUCGUAUUAUGUUUAACAAAUUGCAAUAUUUUCACUGCCUCUAAGCUCUGCCGCUCAUCUCAAAUUAUUGUGAUCUAUGGAUGCGUAUGGAUACAUUCUCAAGAGCAAAGAAUAAAUAUUGUUCAUCUUGUCAAUAUGUUCAUACUGCUAUAACUGUGGCAAUAUAAUUCAUUUAAAUACAUUACACUAUAUUUACACUUCAGAUAGAAUUUAUAUAUUUACCAUAUUUUAAUAUUCUUUUAAUAUUUUUGAGUUUAAGUUUCCCUGAAGUCUAGAAUAUUUUGACGUUGAUUUCUUAAAUUUGCAGCUAUGAUUUAGUUAAAAUUAUGAUUAGUAGAACUACCUCUACCAGCACGUGCUUUAUAAUGAUAAUUUUAAAUUGUGUAAGUUAAGUCGUACUUUUUUUAUUUCCAUUUAUUAAAUCUUGAUAUUAGUUUUUUAUCGAUGUAUAUAAAUC